AUGGUACUGAAUCAGAAGACUCCAUCACAGCAUAAUUCCACUUUGUUCAUAUCGCCUGAUAUAAAUAGUCGUCGACAGGACUUAUUCAUUACCCCACCUAACCCAGCUGCUGCCAAUUCUAAUACAUUAUUUGAUUCACCAGCAUCACGGCGUUCACUGUUGUUUGGUCAUCAUCAAGAAGGAUCAACAUCAAAUGAACCUCCUCAUCAUAACAUUAAUAAUUAUAACCCUAACCAAAAUAGAAUUCUUGAAUCAGAACCAUUGACGGCAGCUGAAAAGCUUCGAUUGUGGAGACAUGAUGCCUUGAAUCAACAUCAUUAUAAGACAGCUGAGUUCAUAGGUAAUAAAGUAUUGGCAUUAACUGAUGAUCCUAAUGAUGCAUUCUGGCUAGGUCAAGUUUAUUUUAAUAGUGGGAAUUAUUUACGAGCCAAACUGUUAUUAACUUCCAAACCUGAAUUUGAAAAAUCAGUAAGUUGUCGAUAUUUAGCAGCUUAUUGUUUAAUUAAAUUGGAAUUAUGGGAUGAUGCUCUUGAUUUAGUAGGUGAAACCAAUCCAUUUAGAAAAGAUGAUAAUAAUAAUAACAACCUAUCUAAUCAAUAUGAGAUAAAAAAUAGUGAUGGAGGAGUUAAAUUAGAAGCUUCAUUAUGUUACCUUCGAGGAUUAAUAUAUUCGAAUCAAAGUAAUUUUGAAAAAGCAAAAGAGUGUUAUAAAGAGGCAGUUUUAGUGGAUGUUAAAUGUUUUGAAGCAUUUGAAGAGUUAAUAGAUAAUAAUUUGAUGACUCCAUCAGAAGAAUGGGAUUUUAUCAAUAUUUUAAAUUUCAGAGAUCUUGAAGAUAACGAUGAAUUAAUUAAAUUAUUAUAUACUACCAAACUAAGCAAAUAUCUAAACAUUGCUAAAUUUGAUGAAGCUGAACAAAUCUUAAGAGAAGAAUAUGAUUUAGGUAAUAAUAGUGAUAUUUUACUUAGUCGAGCUGAUUAUUUAUUUGUACAAUGUAAUUUUGAUGAAUGUUUAUCUAUAUGUGAAAAGAUAUUAUUUCAAGAUGAAUAUAAUUUCAGUGUUAUGCCUAAUUAUUUAAGUACAUUACAUGAAUUAGGAGGUCGAAAUAAAUUAUUUUUGAAGGCUCAUCAAUUAGCUGAAAAUCAUCCUACAAAUCCUAUGACAUGGUUAGCGAUUGGAACUUAUUAUUUAUCAAUAAAUAAGAUUAUUGAAGCAAGAAAGUUUUUCAGUAAAGCUACAUUAAUAGAUUCUAAUUUCGGUCAUGCAUGGGUGGGAUUUGCUCAUACCUUUGCUGCAGAAGGUGAACAUGAACAAGCUAUUAGUGCAUAUGCAUUUGCAGCAAGAUUAUUUCCUGGAACUCAUUUACCUAAUUUAUUUUUAGGAAUGCAACAUUUACAAAUGAAUAAUUUAAAUUUAUCCGAAGAAUAUUUAUUAGCCUCAUAUCAAAUUUGCAAUACUGAUCCAUUAUUAUUAAAUGAAUUAGGAGUUAUUAAUUUUCAUAAGAGUAAUUUUAUUAAAGCAGAAUUAUUUUUUCAAGAAGCUUUAGGAGCUGCGAAAUAUUUAAAUUCUGAUUCUAAGACUUGGAUUUCAAUUCAUGCUAAUUUAGGUCAUGUUUAUAGAAGAGGAAAUCAACCAUAUAAAGCAUUAGAAUGUUUUAAUCAAGUGAUUAGAAUUAGUAAUAAGAAUGAUUCUAAUAUAUUAUCAGCUAUGGGAUUGAUAUAUUUAAAGCUUGGUAAUGCAUUUAAAGCGAUUGAUAUUUUACAUGAUGCAUUAGCUAUAACACCAUCAGAUGCGGUUGCAUCUGAUUUAUUAAAGAGAGCUUUAGAAUAUAAUGUCACCAAUUCCGAUUAUAUUUUAAGUGAUAAUCUUAUUACAUCACAUAAUCCUACUUUACAAUAUUUAAGUAGAACGAAAUGGAAUAAGGCUAAACAAGAUAAAGAGAAUCGAAUUCGUCAUCAAGAAGAAAUAAGAGAACGUCUUAAAGGUGGUGAUAAUGGAAAUAUUUAUAAUACUAAACUCAUGACUCCAUUAACUCAGAAGACGAAUCACUUUUUAGAUAAGACUGAUCACGAUACUAGUGGACAUGAAGGUAAUAUUAUUGAAGGUGACGAAGCAGAAGAAGAUGUUGAUGAUGAGAUUGAUAUUGUAGCUGAAGGGUUAAGAAGAGGAGAAGAUUCUAGUGAUGAAGAAGAAGCUGUAAUGGAAAUCGAAAGUGAUUAG